CGGACAGCAUAAGGUUUGUCUGGAUUGGGUGCUGCAUCAUCUAUCAAUAAAGGGAUGUUUGCCUUUCUUUGGCUAAUGCUUCUAGCCUACGCCUGGUUGGUGAGCCCUGUGAAUUCCAACAAUGUAUACUCUCCUCCUCCUUCACAAGUCCAGAGCAUAUUCCUGCUGGCCGGGCAAAGCAACAUGUCCGGCAGAGGCGGCGUAAUCAAUCGCACCUGGGAUGGUGUCAUCCCAUUUCAGUCCCAAUCAAAAACACCAAGCAUUCUCCGGCUGAGUGCCGUCCAGACUUGGGUGCAAGCUCAGGACCCCUUGCACAAGGAUAUAGAUGUGAACAACACUUGUGGGGUUGGGCCGGGGAUGGCGUUUGCAAAUUCUGUUAUGAGUAAGGACUCGAGUAUUGGGGCCAUUGGUUUGGUCCCUUGUGCCAUUGGAGGUACAAAGAUCAGUGAGUGGGGCCGUGGCAGAGAGCUGUACAACCGGCUGAUUAGGAGGGCGGAGGCCGCCUUGCAAGGUGGCGGGAUUAUCAGAGCACUUCUGUGGUAUCAAGGAGAAAGCGACACAAUUGAGCAUGAAGAUGCCAAAUUAUACAAGAUCAGGUUGGAGAGAUUGUUCACCCAUCUGCGUGCUGAUCUACAGUUGCCUGCACUUCCUGUGAUCCAGGUGGCAUUGGCAUCAGGACAAGGACCAUACGUGGAUGUUGUGAGGAAAGCUCAGUUCGAGGUUGACCUCCCAAAUGUGAAAACGGUGGAUGCCUAUGGGCUACCCAUGGAGCCGGAUUCCUUGCACCUCAGCACUUCAGCACAGGUCCGGCUUGGGGAGAUGUUGGCCGAUACCUUUCUUCAGUCUGUGCCUCUGCUGCCCGUUCACGUUCAGAGUAGUGCCUGCAAAACAUGUCAAAAUUUUGUUUUGGACACUUUUCUUAGGCCAUUUAGUUAGGUAAGGAAUUCCAUGAAGGCCAUGACCAAGAAAGGAACAGAAUGAUCUUUUCUAAGCAUGAAAUUCGUCGUAAGCGUAAGCAAGAAGGCCGGUCAAGCCCACAUUCUACCGGAGAACAGAAUGUAUCCUGCUUCCUUGCACAAGUCUAAAUCCUGAGAGGUAUAAGAUGUACUAAGUAACCAGGAAACGAAAACCUUUCGCAAAUUUUCAGACGGGUUUCAUUGGUAUUUCAACUUUGUAGAAGCAGAUUUUCCCGUUUUAGACUUCAUUUCAGUAUCUUGUUUAUUU